AUGUUCUCCAUCGUCUCCAGCGCGAGGGCGACGCGCGCGUCCAAUGCAGCUUCCGCUUCCACCUCGCGAACUCGACCCGUCAAAGACAUCAAACGACGUUCCACCCUCAUCUUGCCAAGGUCCGCUCCUGGCUUCCCAAGUCUCACAGACUCUUCCGAUCCAGACCAAUCCAACGACACGGUCUCCAACACCCGUCGGUCCAACCAACGGCAACGGUUCCAAGAAGAGAGUGACAACGCGAUCAGCGAAGAGGAUCUAGACCAAGAGGCACUCGAUGAGAUGCUUGUCUUGGAGCAACUUACACCGCGGCCAGUCCGACGCACAUUGCUCGAGCCAGUUGAUCUCGACACCACCCAGACCGCGCUAGAUCGCUUCCGUCUUCGAGAGCAACAAGGGCAGAGAGCGAGUAGAGCAUCUCUUGCCGCACCUGCCCAGGCUGGUCGUUCAAGUAUCUCCAGCCGCUCGCAAACCUCCCGUCGCUCCCGGCAAAGUGCGCCUGUAACCCGCACAGCCAACUCCGAAGCCUCUGGAUCUCGCUCGCUCCACACAGCAAGAAGCCAGAUAUCCACAGUCCCCUCAACAACGCGUCAAACCCGCCGCCCCCUCGCCACCACCACCGUCAAUUUCAACGACACUUCACCCUCCGAAACCGAAACCGAAGCCAUCGCAAACACCACCAUGGCUCGUCCCGGCCAACGACUUCGACCCUCCCUCUCGCUUCCCGAUGGUCGACUCGAUGUCCCUACCAUCGAAGAACGAUGCGCAGCCCUAGUCAUCACCGCCAAAGGCGUCCUCCACUUCUACAUGAAUCUCUACACCCCGCGCGGAUGGCGACCCGAAUCAUUCGAUGAAAUGCUCCGCAAUUGGAUCCCUUUCGAAUCCUACAAGACAAACCAGCUGCUGGCUGAAGGUCAAUACAUGCAUCAUUUCAUCGAUAUUGAACAAGUCACUCGUUCUUUAGCCGCUGCAGGGGAGCCAAGGCCGGACGGGUUGGAGGAAGCCAUGAAGAUGGCCAACUGUGCUACCUUUGUACACUACGUACAGCAGCUUCCGACGGAUCCGAAGCUGUAUGGGAGGAACGAAGGGAGGGAGAUUACGGGUGCCGAUGUGAGUCGCGUGGGGUUAAGGAGGGUCGGGGAGUUGAGUGAUGCUAGGAGAGUGUUUUUGAGAUGGAUUUUACCGAGUGGAUGGGAGGUGACGGAUGAGGUGUUGGGCAUGUUGUUGGAUCUGAGUAUUCAGAUUUAUAUCCAUAGGGUCGAGAGGACGAUUGAGCAAGUUAGAGCUGGCGAAAUUACCGAAGAUGCUGCACGGCGCAGCAUUUCGGAUCAUCUGAUCGACCUGAUGAGUGGCGACGUAGUUCGACAUUCAUUGCAAAGGGUCAAACGACAACGUAAAAUGUCGAAAGCAAACAUCGAACGAAUGGUGCAACGGUACGAAACAUUCGCUAACGUUCGUCAAACCGAUCUACAACAACUCGGUUUCGACAUCAAUACCAUGCGCACCACCUUUUCUUUUCGUCGAAUGGCCGCCGAUCUCACUGGAUACGUACAUGAUGUGGUGAGGGAAGUGGAUCGGGGUAUGCGUUCGACCACGUUACCGCUGAUCAUUGAUCGGUUGGAGAGGGAGAAUAGUUCGUUUGUAAGUUCUGAUCCAUCAGAGCCAGUGGUCGGGUCGAGCUCGGUGUUGGACGAUGAUGCGGAUUCGAUGUAUGCGGGCGGACCAAGUCAGUCUACGCCCAAGGCAACGCAGAGAAGUGGUGGCGAUUCGCAACCGUAUGCAUCGCAAUUCGUAGGAUGGUUGGAUGAGAUGUUGGACGAAGAUCCGCAGUCCAGCCGAGUCGGGCUGGCUCGAAACCAGCCUCGAACGCAGGAGGAGGAUGAAGAGAUGGACUUGACCGAAACCCAAAAGAUUCGCGAACUCGAUCGGAUGCUACUGGAAGGAACUACCGACGAAGGAGAGCCAGCUUCAAGUACAAGUGUUGACUUGGACAUUGCAUCAAGUCCGCCACGUGGCAAGCUCAGCACGAGGUUAUCGGCUGCGUUGAACAGUUCUGGUCGCACCACGACACGGGUAGCUGACUCAGCAUCAGCAUCGGUUUCGGAUGCGGUAGAAGUUUCAGAGAGCGGUACCGAUGCUGCAGCCGAACCAAGGAGGAGUAGGGAUGGACCAUUCGAUUCCCCUGCGAAGGAGAAGGCCAAUAGGUUAGGGUUUGAUAGUCAGAAUCGAAUCGUGCGACGCACGGAGGCGCGGGCUAGGAAGAAUCAGAGGUUGUUGGAUGGAAGUAAGGCCGGAGUGAGAGAGGAGAGGUUCGAUUCGCAGGGGGAGGAAGAGGAGGAUGUGUUCUUGGAGAAGACGGUAAAGGGUAGGACGAGCAGGGCAAAGAGUAAAGGGAAAGGGAAGGCGAGGGAGAGAGUGGGGCAGGCAGAGGUGAGCGUGGUUGAGGGUGACGCCGUGGAGGGUUCCGCUAGGCCGAGGCGGAAUGUGAGAUCGACUGCUGCAAGUGGGCAGGCGGAACAGGGUGCGGGAAGCGAAGCUGUAGCAGAGGAGGAACCGGAGGAGGAGGACGACGGGUACGAACGUCAGACAGCCAGAAGACGAGGGACAAGGAGCGCAGCUAGACAGUUGCAGCUCAAGCAAGAAUCGCUCAGUCCAACCAAAGCUCAGCUUAAAAAUGCUAGGGAUCCAGCCGACGGAGAGCCUGCGUCCACCACAGCAAGAGUCACUCGCACCACCACCGGCGGGGAUUCUGGCCCAAUCGGUCUCGGCAGAGGUCUGCCUGAUGGCGAAAAUCGUACCUCAGCCCGCAUCCUGUCAACAGCAUCCGGUAGACUCCAUGAAGAAGGAGAAGCUAGCUCCGACGAAUCCGAAUCCCAAUCCGCAGAUGCCACCGCACGAAUUCGCAUUGAUCCCACCAACGCUGAGUUCGCCCCCACCCGUGCUACACCGGACGAGAAUUUCCUCGGUGACGACAACAGUGUUAUCCUCAACCGUCGUGCAGCAAUCGAUGCCGCUAUUGCAGCUAGGAAACCUCGACCUGGUACUUUGCAUUUCCGCCGACCCGAAGCUGACGAUGAAGCCAUGCCCCUCCUGCUCGGGGAGGAUGGAGAGGAGGGAGGGAACAUUGAUGCGAUUGCCAGAAGGAGGAGGAGGAGGAGGAGGGAUGGUGAUGUAGCAGCUAUUCUUCUCACUUCGAAUACUCGUCCACAGCGUCGUAUUGGACCCUACCAUCCAGAGAACUCAACAAGGGGCCAGGGGGCGGAGGAAGAAGCUGAUCCAUCCUCAAUCCCUGAUCUCCAAUUCGACGAUGAGGUCGAUGAACUUGAUGAAGAUCCCCCCCAACCCUCUUUGUCGCGCCGCCGUCGCAACACCCAUACCGAACCAUUAGGCCAAUCGGUUCGCGUAGAACCCUACAAACGAUCCAACCUCUACGUUACAGGCCAUAACAUGACGGGACGUUCUCGUUGGACCCCCACCGAAGUCCAGUGCCUGCUCGACUGCCUACACGAGCUAGCAAGGUACAAAAAGGUCGCACCCAAGUUCAAAGUCUACACCGAGAUCCUCAAACGGCAUGGGGUGAAUGGGACGCAGAGUAGGAUCUUGGCGAGGUGGAACAAUGUUCAGUUGAAAGACAAAAGUCGGAAUGAACUAAUUAGGAUGAAAAGGGAGGGCAAGAGGAUUCCGUAUUGGAAGAGGCUGUUGCAUGCUAAUAUUUGGAAGCCGAAGCCGGUGGUUCCGGUGGGAAGGGAAAGGGAGGAGACCGAAGAUGUGCCGGAGUUGGGGAGCGGUGUUGAGUUGCCCUCUGCCGACGGGGGUGGGAGUGGGAGGAGGGAUGGAGAAAUGGAGGAGGAGGAUGUGAUCAGGGAUGAUAUCGAGAGUGCAGCCGGGGACGAAGAUCAGGUUGAAGGCGAGCGGAGGGCUGAUGAUGGGGUCGAGCUUGCGAUCGAGGCUCCUGGAGAUCGGUCCGGUUCGAAUCCGCUUCGGAAUGAGCCCUGA